CCUGUGGAGAGCUGGCCACUGAAAGCCCCAAAUCAUUGCCACCACCACUUACCGGCUACAUGUGGGGGGAGAAACCUGCUGGGGCAAACCAAGCAGAGAUAGAUAGACUAAAGUAAGCGGGACUUUUUGCUGCACGGAGUAACUGCACUGAUUUGUUUUCUCCACAAAGGUGUGUCAACCAGUCCAAGUUGGAUGCCUGAGAGGAAAAUGUGCAAGUCUGGACUGAAUGGCAGUGGAAUUUGAGAUCUCGUAACCUCGAGAAACAGCGUUGCCGGUCCCGGGUCAUUUGUAAGCUUGCUGAACCAGCUCCUUCCAACAACUUGGAUACUCAGAAUCAAACCGGGGAAAGUUGCUCGCGUCGCUGUAACGAGGCGUAAAGGCGCGUUUGGAACAAGUGAGCGAGGAGUUGUGAACAGGACAAGGUUUGGACAAAUCCCCAUGGGGGUCGUAGAGGGAUUAGGAUUUGGAGGAAACCAGCACUGAACUCUCAUUGAAAACCUCUCCUUACCUUUGAGUGCCACACUCUCCUAUCCUUGUGCUGAAUCUGGUAACACCCCUUGCCAAAGCAUCAUCUCCAUCCUACCCUUGCUGGACUACAGAGGAUCAGGUGUCCAGAAGAAUGAGUUUGUAAACCCAAGCUACUGGGAGGUCAAGAGGUGGCAUGCCUCUGUGAAACGGAGCUGGGAACAAAUGCUCUGCUGCCAUGCCUCCGGGGAUGGUGAGUUGUUUUUCAGCUUUAGCGGUCCAAACGCUGCUUUCUCUGCUGCUGAUAGCUGCCGACUGGCCCUUCACCUCAUUACGUAGUGGUGUUGUCGGAGCAUCAGACCCCUUCCCCUCCAGUCCUUACCCCACCUUCACCCGUAAUGACACUCUGUUUGAGCACCUGGCCCUGCACCCUACAGUGAGUCGGGUCUACGUUGGAGCCAGGGAUCACCUUUUCCAGUUGGAUCGAUUCCUCCAACCUGAACUUCAGGAUGACACAGGACCGGUCACAGACAGCAGAGAGUGCCUACCCCCUGUUACUGAGACCAACUGCCCUCAGGCCAGGGCGACAAGCAACCACAACAAGCUGCUGCUGGUCGACCCGUACUCCAUGGAGCUCAUCACCUGCGGGAGUGUCAACCAAGGGAUCUGCCAGAAACGCAGUCUGGACUCAGUGGAUGUUGUACUUUUCUCUACAGAGAGGCCCGUGGAUACUCAGUAUGUAGCAGCUAACCACCCUAACGUGAGCACCGUGGGACUCGUGGUUCGCUCUAACCCUAACAAGCAGCCUGUUCUGUUUGUUGGACGGGGUUACACCAGCAGCCACCCGCCUAUUUCCACACGAAACCUCGACCAGGAGCCCAUCUUUUCUUACGAGGAGACUGCCAAGUUGGCUGUGGCUGGCCGUCUCUCAGAAUACGACCAUCAUUUUGUUGCAUCGUUCGCCUACCGUCAGCAUGUGUACUUCCUCUUCUACCGGCGGGAUUUAAAGUCACAGUCACGCGAGUACCGCACCUACGUCUCUCGUGUUUGUUUGGAAGACCAGGCCUAUUAUUCCUACGUGGAAGUACCUCUGACAUGCCAAUCCAGGGCGGGAAAAAUUUACAACCUUUUGCAAGCUGUGCAGCUCGGGCUCACCAAGAACGGUGAUGAGAGUCCAGGCUCAGGAACUCUCCACGGUGUCUUCUCCACACGUUUGGCUUCAUCAACUCGGCCCAGUGAGGACUCUGCUCUCUGCACGUUCAAACUCGAAGAUGUGGACCACAGGAUUAACUCAACCAGAGACCUGUGCUACACUCAGAUAGGCAAAGAAGGAGGAGUGGAGGCAGCCUACAUCGAGUAUGAAGUCAAAUCCAACUGUGCCAACCUGCCAGAGAACACUCUGGAUGCGUACCCCUGUGGCUCGGAUCACACCCCGAGCCCGAUGGCCAGCAGGAUUGCCGUAGAAGCAGAAACCAUCCUGGACAGCCCGUCUGCUCGCCUCACUGCCGUGGCUGUCAGUGUGAGGGUGGGACAUACCAUCGCCUUCCUGGGGGACUCUAAGGGGAACCUGCACAAGGUGUUCCUGGGGCCGGAUGGUCAGGUGGAGGAGUACUCUGUCAUCUCCAUUCAGCACAACGCAGCCAUCAGUUCAGACCUCAUCCUGGACCAGAAAGAGGAGCAUCUCUUCAUCAUGACUCACAACAUGCUGCAGAAGAGGCCUGUGGCUGAAUGCCAGCAGCAUCCAGACUGCCACUCCUGCCUGCUCGGACACGACCCCUACUGUGGUUGGUGUGUCCUGGAGGGAAGGUGUGUGUUGCAGUCUGAGUGUGCUCGUGGGAACCAUCCCGGUCAGUGGUUGUGGAGCUUUGAAAUGGAGCAGCAGUGUCUGACCGUUCAGGACCUCAGCCCCUCAAACAUCAGCAGGGAGGAGAGCAGGACGGUGUCUCUGUCGGUCCCUGGACUUCCAGUGUUGGAGAAAGAUGAGUCCUACUCCUGCUUCUUCCAGGACAUCCACAGUCCCGCCAUCGUCACAGACAGCGGCGUCACCUGUCACUCUCCAGAUACCCACCAUGUUCCCUCAGUGCCUCCAGGGCAGGACUUUGUCACAGUUACCCUGUCUCUUCGCUUCGGGGACGUCACCGUCACAGCGAGGGAUUUCACCUUCUACGACUGUACGGCUGUAAAGCAGCUGUCUGGCAGCAUGCCUUGCAGAGGAUGUGUUACGAGCAGAUGGGGCUGUAACUGGUGCGUUCACCAACACUUGUGCACCCACAAGCCCACCUGUGAGGAGGGGGUGGUCAUCUACAACCACCAUUUUAAACUCCCCACCUCAGCUCCUCCCACCACCAAACCUAUCAAAGUCAUCACAACACCCACUACCACAAAGGCCGCCCCGACAACCACCACCAUGAAAACCGACCCCACCACAGUCCCAAAAACAGUCACCGCACCGACGACUACAGCGGCCCCCACCACGAUAGCAACCACUCCGGAGCCAACCACCACUCUAGCACCCACCACCCCACCUACGACCACCACCACCACCCCUGAGCCGACCACCCCACCCACCACCCUGCCACCUCAGCCUACCAGCACCCUGCCCUCCACCACACCUGCACCCAGCACAGCUUCAGCUCCAGAGGUCACCACCGAGGAAGAAGAAGAAGAAGAAACCGAAGCCGGGGAGCUCGUCGUCACUCAAAGUGAGACUGAAGGCGACGCAGUGACACCCACUGUCCCUAUGGGUGCUGUGGAUCUGGGGCCUGCCACCACAGCUGAUGGUUUAGGUGAAGAUCUGGACCCUGUGAUGCCUUUGAUCAUCCCACCUCAAGACCCUGACUCCUCCCUCCUCGAGUUAGUGACGGAGUCUCCCACCAGUGACGAAGAGGCAGAGGGAGCUUUAAGUCUGGCAGAGCCCCCCACCCCAACCUCAUCUGGCUUUCCCCUGCCAGCACCCUUCCCUGUGAGUGAACCAGAGGACCCUGAGCCCUCCCUGUACCUGGAUCUAACCCAGACACCCACCCUAGGGCCCACACAGGACCCCCCAACUGAAACAAGAAGCCCAGAUACUGACCAAGGUGAGCCCGUCCUGCUGGAAAAAGAAUCAGACAUCCACACCGAGCCGGAAAAUGACACAGCCUCGUUUUCAGCGGCUGCUGUGUUGUCAGGUGACGGUGAGGUGGACCACUCCUCCCCAUCAUACCUCCAACUGAUGGACUCAGACUCAGAGCUGGACUACCAGUACGAUCAAGCUGACGGCUUCCUCCCGGGGGAUGAGGGCUCUUAUGUCAGCUGGGGUUCUUCAGCUUGUCCCUGUGUGGAGAAGGUCCAGGGUUCAUCACUGCUGCCUGUCCAGGUGGAGAGGAAGAUCACCUUAUUGGCCCGCAACCUGCACCUUUAUCAGGACUCAGAUCUGGACUAUGAGUGCGUGCUGGUCAUCGAGGGGCAGACUGUGGUGGUGGACGCCUACGUGGAGACUGAUGACACCAACCCAUCAAACUUUGACAUCACCUGUCAACUACACCAGUAUUCAUACUCUGCUCCAGUGGAGGAAUACAAUGCCAUGGUGUACGUGAAGAGGAGGGACACCUUCCAUGUGGACAGCUCUCCUGAUCUCUACGUCACUCUGUAUAACUGCUCUGUCGGCCGCUCUGACUGCAGCCGCUGCCACACAGCGGACCACAAAUACGGCUGUGUGUGGUGCGGUGGUGCUCGCGCCAGCUGCCUGUAUUCAGACUCCUGCAGUGAACCCGUGCAGCAGACGUGCCCCGCUCCCGUCAUCCACUCUAUUGAGCCUCUCUCAGGCUUGCUGGACGGCGGCACCCCAGUCACCAUCUCAGGCUCCAACCUGGGACAGAAGGCUGAAGACAUCCUUUACUCUGUGUUAGUUGCUGGGAUUCCCUGCACCGUCGUCCCCAGCCUCUAUGAGGUCUCCUCCAGGAUUGUGUGCAGGACUGAAGCCAGCGGUGGAGAGAAGGUCGGCUAUGUCUCUGUUAAAGUGAGCGGAGGGGAGUUUGGCAUUUCCAGCCAGACCUUCAGCUACCAGGACCCGUUUGUGAUGGGAGUUUCUCCUGAAAGGGGGCCCAAAGCUGGAGGAACGACGGUGACCAUCACUGGUAGAAACCUGCUGACAGGACGUCCCUCUGACCUCACCAUCACCGUGGGAGGAGUGCCCUGUACCAUAGUGUCAGAGGUGCAGGCGUCCAGUGUUCAGUGUGUGACAGGCGGCAGUAAUAAGACAGGAGAUCACCGGGUCACCCUGCAUUACCACAGCAGCCAGCGCCACCUCAACUCUCCACCCUACCGCUACACCCACAACCCCAAUGUCACACACGCUGCGCCUGCAAAGAGCUUCCUGGAUGGUGGUCGGAUGAUUUAUGUGUCGGGCCACAGCCUGGACGUGGUGCAGGAGCCUCGUAUGGUGGUGACUGUCUCCCCAUUGGAGUCAGUCAGCCAGAAUAAAGGGAAGAAGAAGAAGAGGAGGAGGAGGAAGAGGAGGAGUGGAGAGCAAAAUGAGGGCAGAGGGAAGACUUUGGAAAGGCUAGCGAGGAUGCUUCCUGAUCAUAUCUGUCCUGGAGACCCGUUAUGUGCCGUCAAACAGUUCAUGGAGCGCUGCGAGGUGAACUCCUCCACCCUCAUCCUCUGUCGUUCGCCCAUGGUGGAUUCCUCUGUCUUGAGGUCAAAGGUCACCGUGGAGUUUCUGCUGGACAACCUGCGCUUUGACUUCAACAGUCUGAACUCCCAGACUUUCAGCUACCAACCUAAUCCCUUCCUGCGGCCCCUGAACCAGCAGGACCCUGUGAAGGCCUACCGCUACAACCCCGGCAGCUUUAUCCAGCUGGAGGGUGAAAAUCUGGACCUUGCCAUCACUAAGGAGGAGGUGGUAGUGUUGGUCGGGGAGGGGGUGUGUGCUGUGAAGACCCUCACCAGAAACCACCUGUACUGUGAGCCUCCACCUCAACAACCCUCACCUGUACACAACGGCAAGAAGCGUGAGGGCUCCGACAACCUGCCCGAAUUCACCGUCCAAAUGGGCAACCUGAACUUCUCCCUGGGAAAGGUUCAGUACGACAACCUCGGCCUGGCCACCUUCCCUCUGGAGGCUCAGAUUGGAGUUGGCGUUGGAGCGUCGAUUGUUGCCCUCAUCGUCCUCAUCAUCGUGCUCAUUUACAGGAGGAAGAGUAAACAGGCUCUGAGAGACUACAAGAAGGUCCAGAUCCAGCUAGAGAACCUGGAAACCAGUGUGAGGGACCGCUGCAAGAAAGAGUUCACAGACUUGAUGACAGAGAUGAUGGACAUGUCCAGCGACCUGGUGGGCACCGGCAUCCCUUUCCUCGACUACCGGAUGUAUGCAGAGCGCAUUUUCUUCCCUGGCCACAGAGAGUCUCCGCUGAGACGGGACCUGGACGUCCAGGAGUGUCGCCGGCAAACGGUGGAGCAGGGUCUGGUGCAGCUGUCCAACCUGCUCAACAGUAAACUCUUCCUCACCAAGUUCAUCCACACUCUGGAGAGUCAGAGGACUUUCUCUCCCAGAGACCGGGCGUACGUGGCGUCUCUGCUGACGGUGUCACUGCACGGCAAACUGGAGUAUUUCACAGACAUCCUGAAAACUCUCCUGAAUGACCUGGUGGAGCAGUACGUGGCCAAGAAUCCUAAACUGAUGCUGCGCCGGACGGAGACGGUGGUGGAGAAGCUGCUGACCAACUGGAUGUCUAUCUGCCUCUAUGCCUUCCUCAGGGACUCUGCGGGGGAGUCUCUCUACAUGCUGUUCCGGGCCAUAAAGCACCAGGUAGAUAAAGGCCCGGUGGACGCUGUGACAGGGAAGGCCAAGUACACUCUGAACGACAACCGCCUGCUGCGAGAAGACGUGGAGUACAAGACCCUGACUCUGAAUGUGUUGGUCCAGGGUGGAGGAGUCAAUGAGAGCCAGCCGCUGCCCUCCAAAGUUUUGGACUGUGACACCAUCACUCAGGUGAAAGAGAAGCUGCUGGAUCAGGUGUACAAGAGCACCUCCUUCUCCCACCGACCCCACGCAGACUCACUGGACCUGGAGUGGCGCUCUGGUGUCGCCGGUCAUCUCAUCCUGUCAGACGAGGACUUGACGUCUGUGGUUCAAGGGAACUGGAAGCGACUGAACACUCUACAGCACUAUAAGGUCCCUGAUGGUGCAACAGUAGCGCUCGUUCCUCGUCACAGCAAACACAUUCAUCAUGACAACCAUGACUACGUGGCAGGAGAGAAGACUCCAAUGUUGGAGGACGCAGACGAAGGCGGAGUCCGGCUGUGGCAUCUGGUGAAAGCCAGCGAGGAGCCGGAGCUGCCCAAACACCGCAGAGGCAGCUUGAGGGAGAGAGAGCGGGCCAAGGCCAUCCCUGAGAUCUACCUGACCCGCCUGCUCUCCAUGAAGGGGACGCUGCAGAAGUUUGUGGAUGACCUGUUCACAGUGAUCCUCAGCACCAGCCGUCCUGUCCCGCUGGCUGUCAAAUACUUUUUUGACCUGCUGGACGACCAGGCGGGACAACAUGGCAUCUCUGACCCAGAGACGAUACACAUCUGGAAGACCAACAGUCUGCCUCUGCGUUUCUGGAUCAACAUUGUGAAGAACCCUCAGUUCAUAUUUGACGUCCAGGCGUCGGACCACGUGGACGCCGUGCUCUCUGUCAUUGCACAGACCUUCAUGGACUCCUGCACCAUCGCUGAGCACAAGCUGGGACGGGACUCUCCCAUCAACAAGCUGCUGUAUGCCAGAGACAUCCCCCGAUACAAGCAGAUGGUGGAAAGGUACUACGCCGACAUCAGGCAGACCAUCUCGGCCAGCGACCAGGAGAUGAACUCUGCUCUGGCUGAGCUGUCUCGGAAUUACUCUGGAGAGCUGAACUACCUGGUGGCUCUGCACGAGCUGUACAAGUACAUCAACAAAUACUACGACCAGAUCAUCACAGCGCUGGAGGAAGACCCCACAGCUCAGAAAAUGCAGCUUGGUUACAGACUGCAGCAGAUCGCAGCCGCAGUGGAAAAUAAAGUCACUGACUUGUGACAGAGGAAACACCCACCAGAGCUGCGUAAACCGAGUGGGACAGGAGUGGGAGUGGAAUAGAUGGACUUGUACCCUGCAGGCUGAACUGAAGCAGGAGAGCGCCAGACAGACUAAUGGGAGAAUAGUAUCAUUCUCCCUUCAUGGAGGAAGAGUUCAAGUUUUUGAAGAUAAUUUUUUAACACUGCGGAGGAUUCAGUUUGGCAUCAACGUUCACAUCAGAGCACCGUCUGAACUGUUGUGGUGUUGGCUGAUUAUCAAUCUGUAUCUGAAGCUGUAAUCCAAGAGAAGAAAGACAGCUCGUACACACAAAGAAGGGAUGUGUGACUGAACCGGCCAGGCCUGCUGUCCCUAAGAAGAGAAAACAGAGGAGCAUUUUUUUAUUUCCUCAUAAAGCGCUGGACUACAAACGUGAUGGUCUCACACAGCGGCUCUCAUGUUACAGAAACCAGCUGGUCCAGGCAGCUGAUCUGAAGACUGACACAUUCAGAUGUUACAGCAGCCUCAUAUCCCCAAAACUCUGGAGUGAAUUUUAUGAAGCGGUACCUCUUAUGCCUUUUGUGCUUGUCACUGCUGUACGGUCCGAAGUUAUUUCUUUGUUGUGUAUGGUGAUUAGUGUGUGUAUGUGUGUGUCGACAGUUAUCCGUGUUGCCCUGGUACUCAAUCUGCAUCUGAUAUUUUCAUAUUCCUUGUUUCUAGUGCACAGUGUAGUGAACUCAGUUUCUACAGAAAAUACAUUUCAGUUUCAACUUCAACUCAACGUUUUUCUGGAAGGUUAAACUCCUUUCGCUGACUUUAUACCCAAAACUGUCACUGCUUUUUUAACUGUUCUCAUCAUUUGUCUUGUUUUUGUUUUUUUCCUUGAGGACUUUUUGGGGUUGUUGUUGUUUUUUUUUAAUGCCAAUCAAGUUAGAAAUCUGAAUUUCAAGUGACAAUCCAACAAAAAAGUGAGAAUUCUGAUCAUGAUCUCUGACAGAUUUAAAUAGAUCCAAAUUCAAGGUCAAUAUGUCCAAAGUAAAGUCAAAACUUUGAGAUUAAAUGUAGAACUUAGAGAACAAAUUAAGGAAUUCAAGAUUUAAGUCUGAAUUUCAAGUAAACUGUUGAUUUUUAAGAUUUAUUUGAAAAAGUUUUAAAGUCUGACUUUUAAAAGUCAAAUCUUUUUAAUUAAUAAGUUUUAAUUAUUUGUCCCCCAUGAACUUUUAAUUCAAAUACAUUUUCUUCACAUGUCUUUCAUCCAACUGUGUUGGCUUUUCCCUGACAUGGACGUGACAUGUUUGAAAAUGAUAACUCAUCAGUUUCUCUGAGCCCUCUUGUUAAAGCCUCAUGCUGGGACUCUUUGUGUGUCAGUGCCGCUCUCUACCUCUGAUAGAUCCUUUUUUCUGUAAUGUUGUGACCCAACACAAAUACUGCUGAAUACAUUUCAACCAAGUAUAGAUCUGUAUUACACAUAUACGGUUCACGUCAGCUGGACACUCUUAUUUGCACACACACACACAAAUAUGCACUCUCACACACACACACACACUCACGUUUCAGAGUCUAAUUUAUCUUUUUCUUUGGUGUGAAACUAGAAAUGAGAAUCUGCUCGUACAUGCAUUUUAAGGUACUCAAACCUGACUGAGUGACUGUUUUUAUUAUUUCUUGCUUUUAUACUUAUUCAUGUGGAUGUGUGUAUAGUGUACAAGUCACUGGAAAGAUCUUUGAGGAAAAACAUGAUCCUUCCAUGAAGAAACUCAUUGAAAUGAAGUGGGAGAUUAGUGUGCACCGCUGUGUUUCAUAGUGUCAAUCAGUAGCCUUCUUAUUUUGUACAUUUUUUAACAUUCCUUUUAGGUCUUCAACAUUUAAUUAAAUCAUGUUCCACUCCAGGCUAUGGUAUUGGUGCAUGUUGAAAUGUUUGGUGUCGUCAUCAUGUUUGUUACACUUCUCAUUUUGAACACAGGGAGGCACUGCUUCAUUCACUGAAGGUCUGUAUGACAUUGUUUUGUCAAGUUGACGCAGGUUACACAUUCAUCUGGUUGUUGUCACACUUCUCUGCUUUCAUUUGGAGCACAGAGACAUAUUAAACGUGAGCUGAUGUUUCAUGACAUGUUUUUCUUUUUGAAAUGACAAAGACUGAUUCGGCUUCAGAGGGGUUGAUAAGGCUGGGUAUGGAUGCACAUUUGAUAUGAUCCGUCAAACUCUGAUACCAUAAAAAAUGCUGUGUUCACUGGCACUGCCCUUUGUGUUUGGGAGUUUAGGGCUUAAUUUAGUGUUAAUAAUCUAGAUUAUGUUUAAGUAAUGCAGAGAUAACAGAGGAAAAUACUUUUGGAAACAGAUUUUGACACAACCCUGGUGCCAAAAGUUUCAGCACAUGACAGUUUAAGAGGUGAAGAAGUUUUCAUAAGGUACAGAUUUUUUUGAAAGAAGGAAAACUUUAGUAUCACACAACGCUCAAAGAACCAGACUGACCUAGUUCAAUGCCAAAUUUGGUGCUAACUGUUGUAAUCAGAGCCUUAGACUGAGUUCAAUCACUGCUUAUACGAUAAUGAUUAUUCAUACCCAGCCCUUGUGGCAAGUGACCAAACGAGAUGAGGGGAAGAUUCAGUCUCAUUUCUGCCUUUGCCCUUCCUUUAUGUGUGUUUGGCCCGAGGUGUGUCAUUCACUGGAUCCACAUACAGUAACCCAAAGGUGUCUCACUGCAUCUGUUUAUACACACAGUCAACUAAUGAUUCAUAAGAAUAGAACUUUUUUUUUUCAUCUUUCACUGUCGGCUCAGAUCGAAGGUGAAAGCUCAAAGGUGUUGAGGAAAACUAUAACUGUUGUAAAAAAUUGGCGAUGUAGAGCAGGCUCUGCAAGGAGCAGUUUUGAGAAUAUUUUGUGUGUUAAUAUCAUUGUACAUACUGAUUUAAAAUGUAACUGUAGUGAUUUAACCUGUUUAAUAAGAGAAGGUGCAACUUCUCACAGAGGCUGAUGUAAUAAAGUAUUCUCAAAAUUUA